AUGAAUAUAAUAAUAAUUGAUAGUAGAUUUUGGAUGAUAUGGUUGGUAUCACAUUCACCAUCAGUGGGUAGCAGUAGUGUAUCUUUUUGUUACUUCAGAACACAGACACCUGACCUGACCUUCUUUUUAUCCAACAACAUCAACAUCCAACUCAACUCAAUGCAAUAA